AUGAGUUCGAGCCUUCCAGGCGCCUGCAGUGAUAGUGAGACAGUUGGAGGCGACGUGCAGCCUCCUGCCGCCUAUGAUGGGUCUGCUUUCAAGGCCCAGCAGGACCCGAAUGCACCACCAGUGCAGAAACUUUGUGAGACCAAUAACUCGGCCAGCCUCUGGUUCAUCAAAAUCAACGGCUUCUGUGAAUGUUUCGCCAUUGAUGGCACCAGAGCCGUGUUGACAAUCUAUUUCCUGACGUACCUUCACUGGAACCACAACCUAUCCACGGCCAUCUACCACACAAUCAACAGCCUCUGCUACUUCUCGGCUAUCCUGGCAGCGCUCAUCGCCGACUCCUGGAUCGGGAAAUACAAGACCAUCAUUUAUCUGUCCUUCGUUUACCUAAUCGGUUUUGCAGUCAUGAUGUUGGCCGCCACUCCCCCGUUGGGAAGCGGCAGUGUACACAUAGCCUUGUCCAUUGUGGGUUUGAUCCUCAUCGCCUUCGGAGCCGGUAGUGUCAGAUCCUGUGUGACUGCCUUCGGAGGAGACCAGUUCCGAGAUGGGCAAGCAAGUAAGGAACAUAAUUUCUUCUCCAACUUAUUCAUUUGGGUUAACGCAGGCAGUCUCUUGGCCAGAAUCACCACUCCCUAUCUCAAAGAAAACGUGGAGUGCUAUGGCAGCGAAUGCUACGCUCUGUCCUUUGGCGUCCCUGGCGCUGUCAUGGCGGUGGGUUUAAUUGUGUUCAUUGCAGGCAGCAGACUCUACAGGAAGAACCUUCCUCAGGGGAACAUCUUGCUGGAAGUCUGCAACUGCGUCGGCUUUGCAAUCAUGAAUCGCAGGAGGAGGUCCAAGUAUGAGUCCAGCAGGAAACACUGGCUGGACUGGGCUAAGGACAAGCACUCGAAGCGUCUGAUCAUGGAGAUCAAAAUGGUUUUGAGGGUUUUGGUGCUCUUCAUCCCUCUGCCAAUGUUCUGGGCUUUGUUCGAGCAACAGGGUUCCCGCUGGACGCUGCAGGCCGCCAGGAUGAACAUGGUCUUUGGAUCGUAUGCCUUUUCCAUCCAACCUGAUCAAAUGCUGAUGCUGAAUGCAGGGCUUCCUCUCAUCGUUGUGCCCUUAUUUAACAAAGUCAUCUAUCCAUUGGUUGGCCACUGGAUUAAAAUCACGCCGCUCAGGAAAAUGACAACCGGCAUGGCUUUUGCGGCACUCGCCUUUUGUGCUGCCGCUCUGGUGGAGGUCAGCGUUGUGAAAACGGUGGUGGAUCCAGCACCAGUUGGGAAGUGUCUGCUUCAGGUAUUCAACUUGGCACCAGGGGUUGUUCGUCUCCACUUUCCUAAAGAAGACCCUUUUCCUGAGCCCAUCCCGUACCUCCAGGACCCUGCACAUUACGUGACUCUCCAACUAGGGGCACCCAGCAACAACGUCUGCGUCGACGUCCGCUUGAGCGGGUUCUCUUCUGAGUGCGACGUCAUGUUUGUCCAGCAGGAGGCGUACAGUCUCAUCCUGCAGCCCUCGGCCAAUGGAACACGAUGCUCACUGGUGCAGGAUCACAUCAAGAAGAAUGAGGAAGGUGCUCCUCUUCUCAGGUUCCUCAACACGUUGUCGGAGGCGGUCAACGUCACGGUGGGAAACAAGAUGUUUCAUGUGUCCUCAGAUUACAACGUCUCCGCCAAUAAGACAGUAAAGAGGGGAAAGUACAACAAGGUGAGCUGUAGCCUCAGGUCCAAGACAUUCUCUGACCUCGACUUGGGUCUUCUGGACUUUGGAGCCUCCUACACUAUCAUCUUAGUGGAGGACUCAGGUAGGAUGGUGCCCCACAAGAUGGUGGACGUGGAGCCCAACAAUGUGCACGUCACCUGGCAGAUCCCUCAGUACCUUCUCAUGACACUGGGGGAGGUCAUGUUUAUCCCCACGGGUCUAGAAUUUUCCUACUCACAGGCUCCUGCCAGCAUGAAGUCAGUGCUGCUGGCCGUGUGGCUAAUGACCAUCGCCUUCGGAGACGUCAUUGUGUUGAUGGUGGUGCAUUGGGUGGAUCUAGAGCAGUGGAAAGAAUUUCUGCUGUUUGCUGGGUUGCUACUCAGUGUCGUCGUCGUCUUCUCCAUCAUGUCCUACUUCUACACAUACGUGCAGCCUCAGAAGAUGGACACGCUCUAUCUGGAGGACAAGCGCGAGGACGAUAACGUCCCGCAGAAGAACGAAGCAGGCGAGCCCACUAGAGUGUAGCGACAACCAUGUAGGCCAGGGGUCCCCAAACUACUGCCAUCAUCCAAAAUCUGGCCCGCGGGAAGUCCCAAGUUAAAAUAAAACACGUUUUAUUUAUUUUUUAAAUAAUUUUUUAAUGUAUCCUUUCUCACCCAUUCAUCAAUGCAUUUUCUACCGCUUGUUACUCUUGGGGUCUGCUAUCCGCUCAGGCAAAUCAUAUUGUCUGAAAAUGCAUUUUCCCAUUGAUAACGUGACGUCAAGUGCGAGCUCUUUCAGUCAAUUAGUGCGCGAGGAAAAAAAAUGGCGAAAUCGUUGGGGAAAAAUAGUUUCCGAGUGUAGAGUUUUGACUUUUUGCAGUUUGUCUAAUCUGCAAAGACACAGUGGCGGUGUUUAAAGAAUUUAA